UGGUACAAAGAUAAUUUCACCUGUCAAUUUAAAUUUGAAUUUGAAUGAUAACUUACUGAGAGCUCAACUUGCUCUUUCAUUAAAUCUGCGUGAAGUCUUCUGGAUAAGAACUCACCUUAAGAUAUAUGUUUAUAAGAUGUUGUUAGGAUGUAAGACUGACUACCCAGUGACUGAAAGCGAUAUACACACCAAUUUUUAGGUUCGAGACUCUUCGAUUGAGAAACAUAUUUUCAGUUUUGUCACUUUAAGAAAUAUCGGCUUUGAUAGAUUAAUUUUGCUUACAUCAAUAUAAAGCUGUGUCCUUCAGGAUGCUGGUCUGCCGGACGCUAAGUUAAUACUUCAGAAAGAUCAGAGAAUAACGAAGAGCAAGAGUUUCAUAUCCUGGGAUAUGACAGAUGGCUGAAAAUUCCAUCGUAAACGUUAUGAUAACUAUUUUGUCCGUAAUAGUAGUGGCUGCUAACGUAACAAUAUGCCUCUUGGUCGUCGCCAACAAAUCUCUGCAAACUUACACGAAUGGAUUCCUCGUUUCUCUGGCAGUAUCCGAUAUUUUACUCGGUGCUGUACUGUUUCCUGUGUUUCUAACGAUUCCGGAAUCGGCCACCAGCGGAUAUAUUGUCUCUGUGAUUCUGUUGUCAGGAGUUACCAGCCAUUGCUGCAUCACCUUUGACCGACUCAUUGCUAUCCGCCAUCCGUUCUCGUAUUCUUAUCUAAUACAGAAAUACUUUACGAAAGUGCUACUGACUGCCUGGGUCGUGGCAGUUGUAUUUUCGCUAAUACCACUCUGCUGGAAAGCUGAUUCCCGUCUUUUGAUUCACAAAGUUUACAUCUUUGUGGAAAUCGUGAUUUUUAUCUUUGUUCCUUAUAUGUUGAUGUUUGUUGCUUACUGCUUGAUUUUUGCGACGCUCCGCGAGCAUUUCAAGAUCGUUCAGGAGAUGACGGUAUCGACAAGUAGGAGGGAACAAGCGAAGAGGCUCUCAUCAGAAGCAAAGGUUGCCAAAGUUUGCCUUAUUCUGAUCGCUACUUUUGUCCUCUGUUGGCUGCCGAUCAUCUACAUGACAUCAGCAACGGCGCUUGGUAGACCCGACAUCGUGCCUGUUCUUUUGCCCAAUAUUUCCAUAUUUACACUGGGUCUGUCGUCCUUGAUAAACCCUUUACUGUACACUUUCAAGAAAGAGGACUUCAGAACUGCUGUGAGAAAGAUUUUCAGGCGAAAUAUGAAUGCACAGAUUCAUCCGAUUAGUCUAAAGAAUCAUAUAGAGAUCACACAAAAAGGGAAUACUACGCAUGACACGGCUCUCCAGCUGAGAAACCCUACCACUGGUGUCUAAGUAUCGCAAUUAAUGAAGUAGAUCCCAACUAUUACUGUUCAUGCACUGCCGCACUGUGAUCAAAAUUGCAUCAGUCCUUUCAUACCUGACUGAGAGAUGGUUAUUUUGCUUUUUAAAAGUACAGAGACCAAAUGGAAGCGGCGAAAACGAUUUUCAAGGGAAUUCUAAAUUGGCAGACUGCAUGUGCCUGCAGUGGU